UUCUGGCAUGGACUGCGAUCUGUUACAUGAUAGGUUUACAGAAUUACAGUGUAUCCAUCGUUCUGUUGUUUUAACUAUGUGCUUGACUCGAGGUAAAUUUUAACCAGCCCCAAUUUACUUCAUUGGCACAAAAGUAAAACUAUGAUGAAUUGACGACAUACGCCGGGCCUGGACACCGUUUUUAUUUAUUGUCUCCACGUGACACGAGAGAGGGAAAUACGAAGAUCAUUGUGAGAAAUCACUCCGGGACGUCAACAAUGGAAGAUGGCGGUGCGAGACGAAGGCUACAGUUCUGCGAUGAACAUUACAAAAACAAAACUUUCUACAUCGACGUUAAGACGAAAUCCAUGCGCAGCAGAGUUUCGUCCGCAGUUACACAACUCGGAGGUACGGUUGAAAGUUUUUUGUCCAAAGACAUAUUUAUGUUCAUAACUGACGCGAAAACUUCUCGCUUGCAAAACUGCUUGGCGAAGCAGAACCUAAAUGUUAGUUCGACGACGGCCACCACAUCGACUGAUAUUUCACUUUCAAACUAUUCCGCGGCCGCUGGGACGGAGGGUCAGCAUUUCUCGGGGGUGGGGAGCCAGAACGUUUCAGUGAUGAGUCGGGGACGGGCCCUUCUAAUGAAAGCCCGAGAAAACAGCAGCAAAGAUUCCAAAAGUACCAAUAAUUCGGUGGAUGGUCUCAAUAGUUGCACUAGUUCUGCUGUUACAAAGGCAUUUCAGAUGGGGCUGAAAAUUGAACAUGCUAUAAACUUUUUGAGAAAGUGUAAAAAUGUUGGAGUUGCUUUUAAAGUGGGGAAAAAGCAAACAAAUGAAGAUUUGAGUGGUUUUGCACCUUUGAAGUGGGAUGAUAAAAACUUUAUCAAAUAUGAAGACAUGUCAAAACAGUACAGACCUAUCUUCAGACAGUUGGAAAAUAUUCCAACAUUGUACACCGAAAACUAUGGCGGCUCGCCUUUCGAUGGACCAACAUUUUUGCACAAAGUUCAGUCAGAAACUACAGGGGUACGCAAAGAAAUGAAAGGAAGAAAAUUCACCAAUGAAAAGGGUGGUUACUGUGAAAUGUGUGCCAUUUGGUUUACUAGAACAUUAAAGGAACACAUGUACUGUUCUGAUCAUGUGAAGUUUGUGAAAAACAAAGACAAUUUCUCUACUCUGGACACCCUUGUUAGUCAGCUUCCAACUGUUAGCAACUUCCUGGCAAAGUUUGUUCCAAGCAGUGGCUUCAGUGUUGAUAACAAAAACAAUAAUGAUCAACCACCAUCAGAAGUCGAAAUGCUCCAUAAAUCUGACCCAACUUCUACAAUCCAUGAAAGCAUGUGUGGACUGACAAUAGAAAGUCAUAUUUCUGCAAACACUACAAGUUCUGAUUCCAAAGAGUUGGUGUUUCCUAAUAAGGAACCCAUCCCUCUUCAAGAUGUUACAGGUGAUAAAUUGUAUGACAGUAAUGUUAUGAACAUAGACACUGGCUCAACAGUAUCUUCCGAACCCCUCAGUAAAGAACCCAUCCCUCUUCAGGAGUUUACAGGUGGUAAAUUGUUUGACAGUCAUGUUCUGAACAUUGAUCCUGGGCCAAAAAUGUUUUCUUCAGACUUUUCCCAGUCUGAAUCGCCAUCAACCGUUCUCAAAGACCUCCUGUCAAACUGGACAUUACAGGACAGCACCAAACUUACCUCCAGUGUUGAAGAGCAUCAUCCUGAAACAUUAUGUAAGCUUCAAACAGUGAAGAAUGAUACUCCCACAUUAACAUGCCCUACUGUGCCCGGAGAUUUAGAGAAUUAUUCAGGUACAACAUGUAGCUAUAGCAGCACUGGAAUGCAUGAUAACAUAGAUCUGCCAAUGUCUCUUGGAACUCCAAUUUUGUCACUAGGUUGCCAUGACGACAAUACUACAAGUGAUGUUGGUCAGUUGAAACUCAAGAUGGUUUAUGGAAAUGGGGAAUCGGUACCUCUUACACAAAAGUUCCGAAAGAAGUUAAGAAAAGUAAAACAUAAAAAUAAAGAGAACAGUAAUAUCUAUUGUAGUCGCAAGACCAGUGACACGAAGUUGAAGCUGUUAAAAGUUUCAGUGACUCCGUUGCAGCAGAAAUGUAAUCUGAAGAUGUUUUGGCAGGUGAGAAAGACGGGAGACUGUAAACUUGUGUUUAGUUCCAGGAAGCGCAAGAAUGUCGGGAAUGACUUACUCCAGGAUAAUAGAGAUGGAGAGACUGAGAAAGACCUCCAUAGUCGACGAUUGAAGAGACAGCGACUUGUAUUUUAAAUUAUUUUAAAGUGUGUUACUAGUGUGUAAGACUUUGAACAGUGAAGGCAUUGAACCACAUGCAGUAUUGUUUUAUGCAUUUUUGUUUUAGUGGGUAAUUUUAGAGAUAUUAUGACUUUUUUUUUUAAAUAGAAAAGGGGGAAAUCAGUUUGCACCAACCGAUUAACUUUUGAUUAUACAAUCAGUUAGAAUUAUAUGAACUUUCAAAAGGAUUUGAAGUAUUAGGACUAUGCACCUCCAUGUAUAGUUGUUACAGGGACAGAUCCUACAAAUCAGUCAUUUUACUUUUAAUAGCUAUUCAGUAUCCGUUUUCUUUAUACCCAAACAUGCAUUAUUAUACCCGUUCAGACAUCUCAACUGUAUAAACAAAUUAAGUUAACAUUUUCAUAUGCAGGCCUCUGAGAAUUAAACAUUUGCAUAAACCAUUUAUGGGUUACACAAAAACAAUUUUAGGUAACCCAUUUUGUUUUUACGUAACACAUCAUGACCAUGUAAAUGAUGACAUAUACUCAAUGCAUACGAAAAAUAUGUUACGUAAACUAUACUUAAGCGUCACCAACUCGCAAUUUUCAGAGGCCUAAUAUGGAUAUUUAUAAUAGAUUGAUCAGUAGAGCCCAACCCAAUCAAUUUUCAAUUAUAAUCAGUUGCUGGAACAUCUCUAAUUAGCACAUUAAAACAACUUUACAAGAGUCCACAGAAUACUCACAUAUAUAUAUAUAUAUAUAUAUAUAUAUUAUAUUUUAAAAUCAGUUAUGCCUCUGUCCCCUUCACCAAAUGGUAAAAGAGACCAUUAUAGCUGCACACAAUGUAUAUUAAAAGCUUAUCCAUC